AUGUCUUCAGUGAGAAGGGACACGAUGCUGGAAGACACUCUUCUUGAGAACUCCGAGCUAAAGAAGAAGAUCGAAAAGCUCGAGGACAAGAUCAGGAAUCAAGAAGAAAAGAUAAAAUCUUUGGAAGAAAAGAAAGACAAGUACAAGAAGGAAGCUGCUGCCGCAAAAGGGUUGAAAAUCCGCGAAGAUAAUUUCGAUGAAAAUCGUCAGAAAAGAUACGAGUCGAUUAGAACGAAGUAUGGAAUGAAAGACCCCAACGCAGCGAAUCCUUUUGACAAGGUAAACACACGAAAGAUGCGAGAGAUUGUCCAUCUCCAGGCCGGUCAGUGCGGUAACCAGAUCGGUGCCAAGUUCUGGGAAGUCAUCUCCGACGAACACGGUAUUGACCCCACCGGAACCUACCAUGGCGACUCCGACCUCCAGCUUGAACGCAUCAACGUCUACUACAACGAGGCUACCGGCGGCAAAUACGUCCCCCGAGCUGUCCUCGUCGACCUCGAGCCCGGUACCAUGGACUCCGUCCGAUCCGGACCCAUGGGCCAGAUCUUCCGACCCGACAACUUCGUCUUCGGACAGUCUGGUGCCGGUAACAACUGGGCUAAAGGUCACUACACCGAGGGUGCUGAACUCGUCGACUCUGUCCUCGAUGUCACCCGAAAGGAAGCUGAAUCCUGCGAUUGCCUCCAGGGAUUCCAGCUCACCCACUCUCUCGGUGGUGGUACUGGCGCCGGUAUGGGAACCCUCCUCAUCUCCAAGAUCCGAGAAGAGUACCCCGACAGAAUCAUGAACACCUUCUCUGUCGUCCCCUCCCCCAAGGUCUCCGACACCGUUGUCGAGCCCUACAACGCCACCCUCUCCGUUCACCAGCUCGUCGAGAACACCGAUCAGACCUACUGCAUCGAUAACGAAGCUCUCUACGACAUCUGCUUCCGAACCCUCAAGCUCACCACCCCCACCUACGGUGACUUGAACCACCUCGUCUCCGCCACCAUGUCCGGUGUCACCACCUGCCUUCGAUUCCCCGGUCAGCUCAACGCUGAUCUCCGAAAGCUCUCCGUCAACAUGGUCCCCUUCCCCCGACUCCACUUCUUCAUGCCCGGUUUCGCUCCCCUCACCUCCCGAGGAUCCCAGCAGUACCGAGCCCUCACCGUCCCCGAGCUCACCCAGCAGAUGUUCGACGCCAAGAACAUGAUGGCUGCCUGCGAUCCCCGACACGGCCGAUACCUCACCGUCGCCACCAUGUUCCGAGGACGAAUGUCCAUGAAGGAGGUCGAUGAGCAGAUGCUCAACACCCAGAACAAGAACUCCUCUUACUUCGUUGAGUGGAUCCCCAACAACGUCAAGACCGCCGUCUGUGACAUCCCCCCACGAGGACUCAAGAUGUCCGCCACCUUCGUCGGUAACUCCACCGCCAUCCAGGAGCUCUUCAAGCGAGUCUCCGAGCAGUUCACUGCUAUGUUCCGACGAAAGGCUUUCCUCCACUGGUACACUGGUGAGGGUAUGGACGAGAUGGAGUUCACCGAGGCUGAGUCCAACAUGAACGAUCUCGUCUCCGAGUACCAGCAGUACCAGGAUGCCACCGCUGAGGAAGAAGGCGAGUUCGACGAGGAAGAAGGCGAAGACGCAUAA